AGCCCAUGCAUUGGACCUCGGACUUCACAGUAACCCCUGCAACCUCUCCUAUGUAUAUAGACUGCCAAAGCCUUGAUACCCCAUCCAAAAAAAAAAAGUUUCAAAUUGGCUCUAGCUAGCUUCAUCUUCUCUUCUUAAAAAUAAAACCAUCUCAAAGAAAGAUGUUGAAGCCUUUGCUGCUAGCUUCAAACCAAGCCCCCUCACUCUUCUUCUCAUUUAGGUCCUCAAGCCAUGGCAGCUCGUCGACCACGACCCGCACAGUGUCGGUUCGGCAACGAAAGGCUUCGACGUGUGGUCGGAUUUGCUGUCGAAUGGAGGAGGCUCAGGCUGUGGUAACUGCAGCGAAGAGCACGGUCCCAGUGAAGGCAAUCGUCACUGUGAAUCUCACAAUUGGGGGAACCUUUGCACACCUCAGUCUGAACUGUAGGCUCGAUGAUAUCACUGAUUUACUUGGAAAAAGUCUCUUUCUCGAGCUCGUAAGCUCCGAGCUCGAUCCAAAAACAGGAUUGGAAAAGGACGCCGUAGGGGACUAUGCUCAUAGGGCAGCGCAAGGCAAAGGUGAAGUCAAGUAUGAGGGUAACUUCAUGGUCCCCAUUGAUUUUGGUGAUAUUGGUGCGGUUUUGGUGACCAACGAGCAUCACAAGGAGAUGCAUGUUAAAGACAUUGUUUUAAUGAUCGGUGAUGCCACUGCCCUCACCAUAAAUUGUCAAUCUUGGGUACACUCCAAGUUUGAUAAUCCUGAAAAAAGAAUAUUCUUCACCAAUAAGUCCUAUUUGCCUUCUCGGACACCAAGUGGUCUGCAGAGGCUGAGGAAGAAAGAGCAGGAGAACUUGCGGGGAGAUGGAACAGGGGAGCGCAAGGCCUUCGAGAGGAUCUACGACUACGACACAUAUAACGACCUUGGCAAACCGGACAAGAGCGAGGACUUGAGAAGGCCGGUCGUUGGAGGUAGCAAAGAAUUUCCAUACCCCAGACGCUGCAGGACCGGGCGCCCUAGAAGCGAGAAAGACCCUCUAUCAGAAACAAGGAGAAGCGGUGUAUACAUCCCUAGGGAUGAGGCCUUCUCAGAGGUGAAGCAGCUGACAUUCUCAGCCAAGACCCUGCGAUCGGUGCUCCAUGCUCUCAUACCUUCAAUCGGGACGGCGAUCGUUGACACAAAGCUUGGCUUCCCUUACUUCGCUGCCAUAGACUCUCUGUUCAGUGAGGGCAUGAAGCUGCCAAAGCAGGAGGGGCUCAACUUCUUCAGCACCGUCAUACCGAGGCUGGUCAAGGCCAUUGCGGAGGGCACCGAAGAUGUCUUGCUCUUUGAAACCCCAGAAAUGAUCAUCAGGGACAAAUUCUCAUGGUUCAGAGAUGAAGAGUUCUCUCGGCAAACUUUGGCAGGCGUCAACCCCUUAAGUAUUCAACUGGUUACGGAACUUCCAAUAGUUAGUAAACUCGAUCCUGAUGUUUAUGGUCCGCCGGAGUCAGCUAUCACGGAAGAACUGAUUGAACGGGAAAUAAAAGGAGUAAUGACAGUGCUAGAGGCACUCCAACAAAAGAGAUUAUUCAUGUUAGACUACCACGAUGUGCUACUACCUUUUGUACACAAGGUUCGAGAGCUAGGGGGCACGACAUUGUAUGGAUCCCGAACACUCUUCUUCCUAACAAUGGAUGAUACACUGAGGCCGAUCGCCAUUGAGCUUACCCGCCCAGCUUCCCCUAUUAAGCCCCAGUGGAAGCAAGUCUUUACUCACUGUUGGGAUGCCACUGGAUCCUGGCUAUGGAAGCUUGCAAAAGCACAUGUAUGUGCCCAUGAGUCGGGCUAUCACCAGCUUGUCAGCCAUUGGUUACGAACUCACAGCUGCACUGAGCCAUACAUAAUAGCAGCAAACAGACAACUCGGUGCAAUGCACCCAAUAUACCGGUUGCUGCACCCCCAUUUCCGAUACACUAUGGAGAUCAAUGCCCUCGCGCGCGAGUACCUUAUAAACGCAGGAGGUACCAUUGAGACUUCCUUUUCUCCACGCAAAUACUCUAUGGAGCUCAGCUCGGUCGCCUAUGACAAGCUAUGGCGGUUCGAUAUGGAGGCCUUGCCUGCUGACUUGAUCCGAAGGGGAAUGGCAGUCGAAGAUCCAACAGCAGAGUUUGGCCUGCGGCUCACGAUAAAUGACUAUCCGUUUGCUAAUGAUGGCCUUCUGAUAUGGUCAGCUAUCAAGCAGUGGGUUACAGACUACGUAAAGCACUACUACCCAGACACAGAGCAUGUAGUGGAGGAUUAUGAGCUCCAAGAAUGGUGGACCGAGGUUCGAACCAAAGGCCAUGCCGACAAGAAGGACGAGCCAUGGUGGCCAGUAUUGAACACUCCAGAGGACUUGAUCCACGUCCUGACUACCAUCAUAUGGGUGGCCUCCGGCCACCAUGCUGCGGUCAACUUCGGGCAGUACCAUUAUGCUGGCUAUUUCCCCAACCGCCCAACCAUUGCCCGCAAGAACAUGCCGGUGGAGGACCCGGACUCGGAGGACUUCGCCAAGUUCUGGGAGAAUCCCGAGUUCAGCCUUCUGCAGUGCUUCCCCUCGCAAAUUCAAGCCACAGCAGUGAUGGCGGUGCUCGAUAUACUGUCCAGCCAUGCACCGGAUGAGGAGUACUUGGGUGGAGAGCCGGAGCCAGCUUGGGUGGAGGAGCCGGUGAUCAAGGCCGCAUUCGAGAGGUUUCAUGGAAGGAUGAAGGAAAUCGAAGGGAUCAUCGAUGAAAGAAAUGCCAAUCCCAAGUUUAAGAAUAGAUGUAGUGUCGGCACUGUUCCAUAUGAGCUCUUGAAGCCCUUCUCCAAACCUGGGGUCACCGGAAUGGGCAUUCCAAACAGUAUUUCCAUUUGAGAUAAACUGAAAGGAACUUUCUUUACUUUCAUUAAUUAACUUUUGUUUAAAUA